AUGGAUGAUAAACCGGUAAAUCUGACAUGGUUGAUGAAGACUAAGACUUAUCCGUUCCCAAUUCCUACUUAUUCGGAAGCUAAGCCACGCAAAUUAGUGAAAGAAAAGACGGGGAGGCCUUCCCAGAGUCUGGCCGUCCUUAUCUAUGAAGCGUUCAGAGAGUAUCGAUGUCAACUUACUGUUUCUCAAAUUUCUGAGAGCAUCGCAAAGAAAUACGAGUAUUACAGAAUUAGGAAGCAAUGGACCGUAAGUAUUUACUAAAUAAGGGUUUAAAACUGGAUUCAGAUUACCGGAACCAUCAGAAAUGCGUUAAGUAAGGACACCCGAUUUCUUAAACUGCCAAAAGACCCGAGUUUAGGACGACGAUCAAACUACUGGAUAAUAAACAAUAAGUGCCUGUAAGUAAUCCGUGAGGAGCAAAAAUAAAAACUUCAGAUGGCAAGAAAUCCAAAAAGGAACAGCCCCAUUCAUCAAAAACGAAGACGAAUUUAAAUCAGAGCUUGGGAGAAGGCAUGAAAGUUUCGCCGAAAUAAAACAAAGUUACGAAAGAUUUGAAAAUCAGGACGUCAAAAGCAAACCCUAUGAAGACAGUAAACCGACCCAUCUAGACGACAUAAUUGACUGGAUCGAUGUCGAAGUUUGUAAAUUUGGUGAUGAUGUGGACAAAGAAGUUGAGCAGAUCCUAGUUAGCAACGAUUUUUUGCCUCAACGACAGCACCCCUGGGCUGAAGAUACGAAUACGGAAUGUGAAUGGAUCUUCUGA